AUGGACGACAUUUCCGACGAGAUAUGCCGCGUCAUCGACGCUUCGAACUUGUGCAUGGAGGUGCACACGGAUCCUGCGUGGCGCCAGGCCGCGCACGCCACGUCCACGCGCCUGAACCAGUACGUGCAUUCGCUGAACGUCAACGGCGGGCUCUACACGUCGCUACGCAGCGCCCUCGCCACCGUCCAGGCGCACCGCGCGGCCAAGGGCCGCGAUCGCGCGGGCAGGUCGCCGGACGGGUGGACCGACGAGGCCGAGCGCGUCGGGAUGCUGCUGCUGCGUGAUUUCGAGCGCAGCGGCGUGCACCUGUCCGGGCGGGACGCGGACCGGAUGGCGGACCUGACGCACCGCGAGAAGGAGCUCCAGGUCGAUAUCUCGCGGGCGCUGUGCGACCCGAGGCAGCUCGGGCGGCUCCGGUGGGGCGGGCGCGACAUUGUGUUGGACCCGGGCACGCUGGGCGCCGUGAUGGCGCGGGAGUCGAGCGAGUGGGUGCGGCGCGCGGCGUACCAGGCGGGGAACCGCAACCCCCAGGGCAACAUCGCCCGUCUGGAGGAGCUGCGUCAGGUCAGACACGACAUCGCGGCGAUGCUGGGGUACAAGUCUUUUGCGUGUCAUACCGCGGCGAUGGACACGCUCGCGGGGGAGCCGGCCGCGGUGAUGGACUUCCUCCUGCGGCUCAGCGAGGAGAACCUUCCGCGCGCGAAGGGGGAGUAUUACGGCCUGUGUCGGGCCAAGGGACCCGCGGGGCGGGGGCCGUCGGCGCGGGGGCGGCCGCCGAAGCUGCCGUGGUGGGACGUGGGGUACUACCGUGCGCGCGCGCUCGCAGAGGCGCACCUGGACGGGUCGAGGCGGGGCAGUCGGGCCGCGCUGGGCGUCGACCCGACGGAGUAUUUGCACGUCGAUCAGUGCGUGCGAGGACUGUCGAUGCUGCUCCAGAGGCUCAUGGGGCUGGACCUGAAGGAGGAGUCCGUGUCGUCCUCGGAGUCGUGGGCGCCUGGCGUCAAGAAGCUCGGGCUCGUCGAACACGCUCCGCAGGGCUCCGCCGGCCAGCGCCUCGCCACGAUCUACCUCGACCUCACCGCGCGCCCGGAGAAGUUCGCCGGCGCGGCCACGUUCAUGAUCCGCUGCGGGCGCAUGCGCUCCUGGCCGCCGCCGCCCGGGGGCGCCGCGGCCUUCGAGCCCCCCGUCGUCGCGCUCGUCUGCAACUUCGCCAGCACGCGCCUCGACCUCUCCGAGCUCGAGGUCCUCUUCCACGAGUUCGGCCACGCCCUGCACGCCGCCCUGUCGCGCACCGAGUUCCAGCACCUGUCCGGGACGCGCGGCGCGCUCGACUGGACCGAGGUGCCGUCGCACCUGUGGGAGCACUUCGCGCGGGACCCCGCGGCCGUGCAGUCGUUCGCGCGGCACCGCUCGUCCGGCGACCCGCUGCCCGUCGAGGUGCUGGAGCGACACUUCGCCGCGUCGGAGGCGUUCGCGGGGAUGGACCUGCAGCAGCAGGUGUUCUUCUCGCUGCUGGAUAUGGAGGCGCACGGCGCGGGGCAGGGCGGCCCGCCGGGACGCGGGGGCGAGACGUUGCAAGACGCGUCUGCGCGGCUCUACGAGGGCCACAUGGUGGCACCGAUGGCGCAGGGCGCGCACCCGUACCUGCGCCUGCCGCACCUGACAGGCUACGGCGGGAUCUACUACAGCUACUUGUACUGUCGCGCGGUAGCGGGGGCGCUGUGGCAGCGGCACUUCGAGGGCUGCCCGCUCGAGCCCAGCGCCGGAACUGCGAUUCGAAAGGGGCUGUUGGAGCCGGGGGGGUCCCGGCACCCGCAGGAGCUGUGCGCGGCGCUGCUGCCGGACCUGAUGCAGCGGCAUGCGUCGGGGGGCGUGUCGCCGCCCGUGCACGGCCUGCUCGUUCGGGGCCGUGCGUAG